AGCGUAACAGACGAAGAAUGAUGUGCUUGAAAAUAUUUAUGAAUGAUGAACACCGCCGGGGAGAUGGGCUGGCGCCUACGGCGCAUUUAUGUGGACGCGUCUUGGCAGAAGGCGUGGUGACGGUGUCGCAUGCCCAGGCAGUGGAUGCUGAUUCGAGAGAUGGAGACGAGCACAGCUCUGACGAGGACCAAACGGAGAAGUUGGCAGAGGAGGAGGAGGAAGAUAAAGAAGAAAAGGAGCCUAAAAUUCGGGAGACACCUGAAGAUAUUCUGUUUGAGUCUGGUGUGAAUACUGUAGCCUUCCACCCAACCCGAGAAAUUUUAGCUGCUGGUGAUCUUGAUGGUGAUAUUUAUGUUUAUGAAUACUCAUGCAUAGAAGGAGGCAACAAAGAGCUGUGGUCUUCUGGACAUCACCUGAAGUCCUGCAGAGAAGUGGCUUUCUCACAUGAUGGCCAAAAACUCUUCAGCAUUUCCAAGGAUAAAUCAAUUCACCUUAUGGAUGUGGAGCAAGGAAAAUUAGUUAGCAAAAUUGCAAAGGCUCACAGUUCUUCUAUAAAUAGCCUGCUUUUGAUUGAUGAGAAUCUGUUUGCAACUGGUGAUGAUAACGGGAUGCUGAAGGUUUGGGACUUGAGGAAAGGAACUUCAUUUAUGGAAAUGAAGCAGCAUGAAGAUUACAUUAGCGACAUUACUAUUGACCUUCAGAAGAAAAUUCUUCUAACCACUAGUGGAGAUGGCACUAUGGGUGUGUUUAAUAUUAAAAGGCGCCGCUUUGAACUCUCAUCAGAGUUUCAGAAUGGAGAUCUAACCUCAGUGGCAAUCAUGAAGCAUGGGAAGAAAGUUGCAUGUGGUUCCAGUGAAGGAAUGAUUUAUCUCUUUAACUGGGAUGAAUUUGGUGCCACUAGCGAUCGGUUUGCAGUGAGGGCAGAAUCUGUCGACUGCAUUUUACCAAUCACCGACAGCAUUCUUUGUGCUGCUUCAAUUGAUGGCGUAAUCAGGGCUAUCAACCUUUUUCCAAACCGAGUGAUUGGCAGCAUUGGACAGCAUGUGGGAGAACCCAUUGAACAAAUAACCAAAUCCUUCAAUGGUCAGUUUCUUGCAAGCUGUGCCCAUGACAAGAAGGUGAAGUUUUGGGACAUUUCCUCUCUUAGUGACAUUGUAGUUAAGGAAUAUCGCAAUAGAAAGAGGAAAGGGGGCAACCUUAAAUCAUUAAGCAAGAAAGCCGUUUCAGGACAGGAUGAUUUUUUCUCUGACUUGCUGGAGGACCCAAUUGGGAAGAAAACGCCACAUGAGGAAAAAGAAGAUAGUGAAGAGGACAGUGACAGUGAUUAAGCGUAACAAUAAUAUUCUACUUUUAAAAUCAUGAGCAGUUGUUGGCAAUUAAAGUUGAGUUUUUUGCCAUUUUCUUGGCAGAAAUUAUUCUGACAGUUAUUUCUCAGUCAUAUCAGUAAGUAAACAGGAAAAUAUUCUGUUUUUAAAAGGAAAGAGACAAAACACUGGAGUGAAAUGAAUUACUUCAAUCUGGGAUAUCUGUUUUUAAUGAAGUAUUACAGAAAAGAGCCUUCUUUAAAACACAUUGCCCUGACAACAUAUCCACUGCAGACUUGUAUAUAGCCUACUAGAUGUGAGCCAUCACCCAUUUGUGGUUGUCAACUCCCUUAUUGUUAGCAUUGAUUUGCUAGAAUAAGUAAUCCUGCUUACUAAGGGAGCUGAAACUGCUGAUUUAACCUGAAAUAUAUAUUUAUUUUGUAAUUUAUGUGAGAAAAUUUCAUAUACAUUGUUUAAGCCUUAUUCUUUGGACUGUUCUUUGGAGAACAGACAUUGUUAUAUUCACUUUAUUUCAAAAAUAAAUUGUAGAGUUUGAACAUGGUCGUUUAUGUCGGAAAUUUAGAAAGCCGUAUUACGAACUGUGUGGGCAAAUGAGUUACUUUAUGAUUCUGAUUAGAAUCACUUGUUACUUCUAUAUGAAGGGAUAACCUUCUGCAGAAAUAUUUGGAACAUCGUUAAGUUGUGAUGCAUGAUGAAGGCUUUUUUAUUUUUAGGCAGAUAUUCACUCCAAGCUUAUUCCCUAAUCAAAGGUAAUUUAGUGUUGUUUUGAGUUCAGAUUUUAAUUUUCCACUUAGACUGUAGAUUCCAGUGAUGCUCUUAGUUGUGCUUUCCCAAAACAUUUAUUAAACAUAAUUAAUAGCAUUCUCAAACCCACGUAGUCUGAUUCAAGGUGCAGGGCAGGAAUCGGUCCCAGACAAAGCCCAUCCACUCUCGUACUCUGCCAAAUUGGAAUCGUCCAUUUACCUGAUGUCUCUUUUUUUAUAUAUAAAUUUUGAUUUUAUUUUUGAAAAGCAGAACAUUACAAUGGUGUACUCCUCAAUCGAACAAAUAAUAGAUAGAGCCAUUUACUACAAAGUCAAUACAAAGAGAGCAAAAUAUAUGAAUACAAAAAAAUGAAAAAAAGCAAAAUAAGAUUCAACCUCCAUCCAAGAUAAAGAGAGAGACAAGCAAAAAAAUAAGGAAU